UGUUAAGCUGCACCUGGUUGUCAGAGCGAAGAGUAUACACGAAACCAAAGAGAGAGACAGAAAGAGAGAGAGAGAUAGACAGACAGAGGGGGGAGAACACCAACCAGCAAAUGCAAAGGUGGAAAAAAGUGGUCUCAAACCAUCGACACAGGGCCAUGACCGGACUCCCAGGACCCGACAGUAAGCAGCACUGAGUGGACUGAACUAAAGGCCAGUAACCUCUGGAGGGACGACAGCAAACACAGCCUCCGUGACGCACUUUCACGUUUUCACACAGGGAGGAAGAUGGCGACGGCAGAGCCAGCCCCUGCUUGGUGGAAACUGACCUUCCUCCGCAAGAAGAAAUCCGAGUCCAAGGUGUUGUAUGAGAUCCCUGCAGAAUUCACCAAUGCCGAGGCCACGCCUGGAGCUGCCGUGCCAUCAGACGACAGCCAGUUCAACGCCCGCCUCGAACGCAUUGUGGACAAAAACGCCACGAAAGGACGUCACGUUAAAGUCUCUCACUCAGGCCGUUUCAAAGAGAAGAAGAGGAUCCGAGCAACGUUAGCAGAGAACCCGGAGCUCUUCCCCAACCCUGACACUUGCAACAGCAAGGAGAGCACAGGGAACUGAAGGCUGUGGGGUCAUGGGUUCAGUCUGCUUCAGCAGCACAAUGGUGCACCUCAAACAGUUUUACAUAGGCCUAUAUAUGCACAAAUGCACAUACAAACGAAUGCUAACAAAAAAAAAACACUUUUGCACUUGAAUUUAACCAACCAUCUUUGUCAGAAAAAAUGGCCAUCCUUUAGUAUGAUGUGUGUCCUGAGUUUAGCAAUUUUAUGAAUACAGUUCAGUGUCUCUCUGUUAAAUUGAUUUAAGUAGAAAACAUAAUUCCACCAACAAACAAGUCUUGGAGUUUUGGCUUCCACAAUAUUUGGACAGAUGCACUAAAGAAUCCCACGUAGGUGUGCUUCAAAAAGCUCAGUUGGCUACAUUCACUCUUGUACGAGGAGGUUAUUUACGUUCCGUUAUGUCGUUGUACGUAACUGACCACAAAUGCUGUUGCUAUGCUUGGCGAACUUUUAGCUGCUCAUAUCUAAAUCUAUAUAAAAUAAAUAUGAUAUGAUAUAAUAUAAUAAAUAUCUUAUGAUUGACUUGAUGUGCUGUGAUGAGAUCUAGAUAGUUGAAUGUAGGGCUGCACAAUAUAUUGUCUCAGCAUUGUCUCAGUCAUCGCAAUGUGUGCAUUUGCAAUAGCCACAUUGCAGGGCGUGCAAUAUCAUAUGUAAUGUCAUCAUAUGUUGCUUUGAUACUCAGUAAGGGGGAUUAUAUUUACCCAAUAUUAGUCAUGUAAUGAAUAUUUGGCACCCAAAGGACAUAAUAAUUUACACCAAACAAUCUAUGCAAAAAUGUUUUGGCCAAAAUUUUCAUUUCGGAGCAUUUCUACUAAAAAUCUUUUACUUUUUUACUGUCUUGCAUAGACAGCGUGCAUACACUUCUGGUAAAUUUCGAUCUGAUCAUUCACAUUCAUGACUCAUGGCCACACAUGUGGAUAUGCAUUUGAUCUAGGACCACAUAUGAAGGGGAUUUAAAUCAGAUUUGAAAAGACUAGAUCUGUCACAUUUAGAUAAUAACAAAAAAUAUCAAAUUUUUAAAAGUUUUAAAUUCAGCCUGGUAUUGUAAAUGUAGUCUAAAAGACAGAUGAACUGAAAGAAGCAUGUGGACUGAGUAGGGUAAUGUUAUCAGAUCUGUGUUAUGCAGAAUUAUGCCCCACACUGUGGCACAGAAAGACGAGCUCAGAAGUACUUUGUAAAGCAGUUCAGAGUUUCAAUGUUUCAAAGCUGUUAUUGCUGUAAUAUAUAGGCAAAACUGCUAGUAAUCUUAUUAGUUUGACUAAUAAACAGUUUUACAGCUUACUGUAAAUUAAAUUUCCCAAUCUGGCAACGGUAACUAUGAAAGAAUGCAUUUGUCUGUGGAACAUGUAAAUUAGCCUUGAUUCAGACAUUUUUAUUUAAAAAUCACAGAUGGUUGAUUUCACUUGCAAUAUUUGCAAUAUUUAAUAUGCACACACAUGCCUACAAAUACAAACAAACAGUCUGCUAUAAAAUUAUUCUGUAAAUUUCUUACGUCUACAUUGACAAUAUUAUGUUUAUUCUGUUUUGUUUUUAUUGUUGAACAUUUUGUAACAGCACGUUUGCUAAAGUUCAGAUAUGAGAACCUCAGUGCCUUACGAUCAGAGUGACAUUUAGUUACUCAAGUCACUGUACAAUAAUGUCACCUUGCUGAAUAUAUAUAUAUAUAUAUUUUUCUGUUUUAAUCUGUUUUUUUUGCUUUGUUAUUUUACUGUCCUUUAAAAGUAGAAAGCAGAACUGUUCACAUCUGGUUAGUACGCUCUUUGAAAAUUAUGUUUUAAAGUAAUCUGUUUAUCUUAGUCAUUGCAAUGAUUUGAGCAUGAUUUGUUUUAAGAUAUUGUGUAAAGAAAAAAGGUUUUAAUAUAAUAUUUAAUAAAACAAAUACUUUUUUCAGAUUUUUA